AUGUUUACAUCCUACAUCAUUUGUACUGUAUUUGAACUAGAAAUAUUUACAGUGCCCCAAGUUGAACCUACGGGUCCAGGUCAGACACAAUUUGGGGCGUAUCCUUGGCAAGCGGUUAUAUUGAAAAAUAACGUAUAUAUAGGAUCAGGAGUUCUGGUGGACGACAGACAUGUUAUAACAGCUGCUCAUAAAAUUGCACAAUAUGUUGAAGAUCUUGAUGAAAACUUAUAUUCUGAACUCAAAGUGCGUCUUGGCGAAUGGGAUGCAUCUUCCGAUCGAGAACCAAUUCGUCAUGAAGAAUUUGCUGUUCAUACAAUUGCAGUUCAUUUGGAUUAUAAUAAAAAAAACUUGCACAAUGACAUCGCAAUCAUAAGGCUGAAAAAUAAUGUGUUACUAGGUACUUCACCACUUGUUGGAGCAGCUUGUUUACCAACAAGAUCAUUUAGCAAUUGCAACUGUAAAUGCUGGGUAUCUGGAUGGGGAAAAAAUGCUUUGACGGGCCAAUUACAGGAAGUGCAGAAGCAUGUCGAUGUAAAAAUACAAUCAUCAGAUAGCUGCCAAUCAUCUCUACGUGAAACCAAGCUUGGAUCUGCCUUUGUGUUUGAUGAAAGUUUCAUUUGUGCUGGCGGAGAAAUAUCAAAAGAUGCUUGCACGGGAGACGGUGGCUCACCUUUAUCAUGUGAAAUCAAUGGUCGCUGGUUUAUACCAGGACUGGUGGCUUGGGGAAUCGGUUGUGGAGAUGCUGGUGUUCCUGGAGUUUAUGUUAAUGUAUUAAAUUUUGUACAAUGGAUUGAAGAAACUAUAGCUAUACCUGCGCGAUGA